GGCCAAGUGGCCGGCCCGCCACCGCGCAUGCGCGGGCGCCCGGCGGUACUUGUGGUCCGGGAACGGAAACAAAGCCCAAGCUGAUAGGAUGAAACUUCUUGGUCUCUGGUGACGGAAAUGAAAGUGGGAGCUCAUACUCCAGUUUCUACAGUUUGAGAGCAUCAAAACCUUCCAUUUAUACUGUGCUUUUAAUGUAACAAAACAUCCCAUGGUGCUUCACUGGAAUGUUGACAAGCUGAGCCAUAUCAAAGUCAAAAUUGAGUUUAUUGUCAUAUGCACAAGUUACUUGCAGCAGCAUCACAGGCACAUUGCAUCAAGCCUGAUGAAUGUUGCAACCAUCCUGAGAAGAUUGUGUGGUAUGAGGUCAUCUGAUACCAAUGAAAAUUACAAGGAGAUUUUAUGUUGAGACUGUGUACUUGUUCCACAAUGAUGGUCCACUGUGAAACAGCAGACUGAGAAGAGCUGGUAUUCAUCCACAGCAAUUUUAAUAAACACCAUGUCUCAGAAUAUUGACAGUUCUUAUAAAACUGGGUCAAAUUUAUCCGGAGCACAGUGCAAAGAUGUUUUUUUGGAUUUACAGACAACAAAAUUUGAAAAUCUAUACUAUGGUCCAAGAUCAAUUCAAAGCAUUUCAAAUAUUUCAGACAAUCUUGAUGUUCCUUUAGGACAAUCAUCACCAAUUAUACAUCUGAGAUCACUGCUGCAUAACAAGAAUCUAUUGAAAUAUAUGAAUGAUGAUCGACUCAAGCAGUCACCUUUCUGUGAUUUAGUUAUCAUGGUAGAAGGGAAGCAAUUUUGUGCCCAUAAGGUGGUUGUUGCUGUAGGUAGCAGUUAUUUCCAUGCUUGUUUAAGUAAAAACCCAAACAUGGAUUGUAUUCAAUUGGACCAUGUAAGUUAUUAUGUUUUCCAUCAUUUGUUAGAAUUUUUAUACACCUCUGAAUUCUUUAUUCAGGAAAGUGAAAUCCCUUCAAUUUUGGAAGCUGCUCAGUUUCUAGACAUUAUCGAUGCAGUUAAAUUGUUGACCAGUAAUGAAAAUGUGUCCAGGUCAACCCAAACAGAACUGUUAACGGAAAACAACCAGUGUUUGGAAGAAAAGGAUCCCCUUGAAACAACUGCCAAGCUACAGCAUAGCAAUGUAUGUACCUUCUGCAAUAAAACUUUCUGUUAUAAAAAAUCUUUAGAAAACCACAUAACUAAAGCUCAUAAUGCUAGCUCCCUGGUACAGGAAGAACGUUCUGAUGCAACAAAAAUGGAACUUAGUAGAAGGAGGUGGUCAAUGCGAACACGCAAAUGUCCAGCAAAGUUUGAGAGUAAAAGUGUUGAUAACACGGAUAUCUCUGAAGAUGAAUGUUCUAGUAAAAAUAGUAGUGACUCUGAGAAUAACAAUGAUGCCCAUGAAAGUGUAGAAAGUGAAGACGAAAUGGAAGAAGUUGAAGCAAAGCUUGAAGAAAUUGAAAGAGAGGAAGAAAUUCAAAGGAAUGAUGAGAAUGACUCUCUGGAUGCAGAUGAAAUUGAGCAAAAUAUUCCCAAGGAAUUACCUCCGGUCAUUUUACAGACUGGGAGCAAGAAAACACUCCAGUGCCCAAAAUGUGAUAAAAGUUUUGACCGAAUAGGAAAAUAUGAAUGCCACACACGUGUGCAUACAGGGGAAAAACCUUUUGAAUGUGAUAUUUGUAAUCAGCGUUACUCCACCAAAUCCAACUUAACUGCUCAUAGGAAGAAGCAUAACGCACAAGCUUCUUUUCAAAGAAAGGAGCAAAAGUGCCCAUUCUGCAACAAGCUGCAUGCGAGCAAAAAAAACAUUAGCAAAAAUAUUUACAGGUUCCAUCCAGAUAAUAUACAGGAGUUUUUUGCUGCCAGAAAGAAGAGGAGCGAAGCAUGGAGAUGUGAUGUAUGUAACAAAACGUUUACACGGAGACCUCAUCUUGAGGAGCACAUGAUUCUUCACACACAGGAUAAACCAUUUAAAUGUAAUUAUUGUGAGGAACAUUUCAAAUCAAGAUUUGCAAGGCUUAAACAUCAGGAAAAGUUUCAUCUGGGGCCUUUCCCAUGUGAUAUUUGUGGUCGGCAGUUUAAUGAUACAGGAAAUCUCAAACGACAUAUUGAAUGCACUCAUGGAGGAAAAAGAAAGUGGACUUGUCUUAUUUGUGGGAAGUCUGUAAGGGAAAGAACUACAUUAAAAGAACAUCUUCGGAUCCAUAGUGGGGAAAAGCCACAUCUUUGCAGUAUUUGUGGACAGAGUUUCCGUCAUGGUAGUUCAUACAGAUUACAUCUCCGUGUGCAUCAUGAUGACAAGCGUUAUGAAUGUGAAGAAUGUGGGAAAACCUUUAUUCGCCAUGACCAUCUCACCAAACAUAGAAAAACUCAUUCAGGAGAAAAAGCUCAUCAAUGUGAAGAAUGUGGAAAAUGUUUUGGCCGCAGGGAUCAUCUGAGUGUUCAUUACAGAAGUGUUCAUUUGGGAGAAAAAGUCUGGCAGAAGUACAAAGCCACUCUUCACCAAUGUGAAGUAUGCAAAAAAGAAUUUAAAGGAAAAUCAAGCUUGGACAUGCAUUUUAGGACACAUUCAGGUGAAAAGCCCUAUAAAUGUCAAGUUUGUAACCAAGCAUUUCGAAUUCAGAAGACUUUAACAAAACACAUGGUCAUUCAUUCAGAUGCCCGCCCCUUCAACUGUCAUCAUUGCAAUGCGACAUUCAAACGGAAAGACAAACUGAAGUAUCAUAUGGAUCAUGUUCAUGGCACUAAGCCUAUAGAACAGCCAAUUGUGGCUGCUUCUGAAGUGAAAAUAGUAUCUCAGGAGUUGCUAUAUGCCCAAGAUGGCAAAAUGUACCAAACAGAUGCUAAAUCAUAUUUGCAUCAAAAUAAGGUUUACUCAACAGAGAACAAAACAGCAAUUCAGAACAUUCAUGGAGAUGUAACUCUUGUACCCGUACGGAUUGGUGCUGCUGCGGUACAGUCUGAUGCUACUCAGCAUACAACAACUUUGGUUUCACAACCUCACAACCUCCUUCACUCCCAACAGCCUCCUCAGCAGACUGAUUUUCAAAGAGCUACAGACCUUGCAUUUCUGGAGAAGUAUACACUUACACCACAACCUGCCAAUAUUGUGCAUCCAGUUCGUGAUGAUCAAAUGUUAGAUCCCAGAGAGCCGUCAUAUCUUGGAACUUUACUUGGACUUGACACAGGUACACCUGUGCAAAGUAUUUCCAAUGUAGAACAUUAACAGUAAUGAACAGCACACUGUGUAAAAUUGUAGUCUUAUGCAGGAAAGUGAAACAUUAACUUUUAAUUCAAAAUUUAUUUGAUAUCGGUUGUGAAUCAUGUUGGUCAAUUGGUAUGAUUUGCACCAAUAUCCAUGUUUUUGUACUGUGGGAAUGCUUAUAAUUAGGGAUUUUAAAAAAUGGAUUUGUCAUUUUGUAUUUACUUAUGUUCUUCAGCCUAUCAUCUAGCUGACAAUGCAAGGCUUGGCUAUUGUAUAUAACUAAAAUUGUGUUUCAGUUCCUGUUAUGAAAUGACUUGAAUGAUUUUAAACUAUUCGAACCCAAAGAUAAAUAUUAAAGAUUAAUAUUAAAGCAAUCAUAUUUAUUGUUUGAGCAUAAUACCUUCAUGCUUAUUGGAGGAUGAAAAGAGCUUUAGGUUGUGUCAUCCUUUUUGUUUUACAUGGUUAUAUUUUAUGUGCUAUUAAAUUAACCAUGCAGCUUAAAAUAUCUGAUGGAUGUCUGAUUCUUUAAGAAGCAUUUUAGUAAGAAACUAGUUUUUAAAAAUUUGGACCCAAGACAACCUGCUUCAUGUAGAUACUUUAAUUCUUUUGACUGAUAGAAAUAUUCUGUCAUCAGAUUCAGUAUCAAGAUAGGUUGCCCUCAGUUCCAUUGAAUGAAAAGUUUAAAUCAGUCCCAUAUCCUGGAAAUGAAUUUAUGAUAGUGUAAUGUGUAUCCAUUGAAAUGUCAUGUUUCCUGCUAUGCAAAGCCAUUAGAUACAAAGGUAUGCUGAAAACUAGAUAGGAAAUAUUAAUAUUCUAUAAUCUGGACUGUGAUAUAAGAUUGAUCAGGUGAUGACUCUAAGAUGAACUUUUUCCCCACUCCUUCCAAAAAAAACUUGGGAAUCUGUAAUAUAGAAUAGCAAUAGAAGGAGAAUAGACAUUUUGUUUAAAAGAUGCUUUACAUCGUAUGGAGAAUAAAAAUUGUAACCAUGACACCAAAUGUGGAAAAUCCCUUGUUAAUCACACACAAGUAAAAGGUCUUGUCAACUAUGGUUGGCUCUUUUAGGUUUACAAAGCUAUCUUCAGUACCACUCAAAUUGACGUCAUUUAAAAGUGCAAUCAGGGAGUAGUUUUGAGAAGCUAUUCUGUCUACUCUGGUUGAUGGUCAAUGUUGUCCAUAUAUUCCGAUGAUGGAGUUUUUUGUUACUUAACCUGGAAACCAAUUAGUAAAGAGAUAUAAAUGAAAUGCUGAUCGAUAUAAUUAUCUUACAUUCCAGGAGUAGCUGAGAACUCAUGGCAGUUGGGAGGUAGUGGACUGUAUUGGAUGGAUUAGAUAAAAAUAGUUCAGGAAGAUUAGUUAUUAAAUAUUUAACAAUUAGGAGUAUAUUGUAUUUUAGUAUUCUACAUAUUCACUCUCAAUAAAUAAGUAUUAUACAAUGAAUCCUGCAGUUUAAAUUUAGGUUCAUUUUCUCUGUGACUAAUUGUGAAGGUUUUGCAGACUCAGUACCACACCUAAAUCCUCUGUCAUACAACGUGAAAACAGGCACUUUGCCCCACUCAUUUCCCUUAAUCCCAUUUUACUCUUGCCACAUUCCCAUCAAAUUUCCCUUGGAUUCUACUACUGAUUGACACACCAAGAGCAAUUUUACAGUGGCCUUGGAGAAUGCUUCCUAAUAUAAAAUGGGCUUUGUCUGCUUCAGAUUAUUCCCUCUUCCUACCCUUUCUGAUUUGUGAUAGAUUGGAGGUGGGAAGCAAUUUAAAAUAUUUUUUUAAAUUUCUGCUUUGUAAAUCUUCAAUUAUUUCUCUUAGCUGAGCACGUUUUGUAUUCUUGAUUUCUCUCCAAACUUGAGAUUCAGGGAACAUCAGAGACAUUCAUUACUGUAAUAAUUUGUCAAAUUUAGCUGCAGCUUGUGCCAGACUCAAAAUUAGAGCUUGAUAUAAUGUUCAGAACAUUCUAAAGUAUGCCUAUAAAUUUAAUCUUUUUCAGAGGAAGAUUUGUUUUGUACACAACAUGCACUUUGCCUUGUUACUGUUGCCAAUUGCAGUGGAAAAAAAGGAACUAGCAUUGUGUGCUGUUUUGGUCUUUGUACCUAAAGAAAGGUACUUGGUUUGGAGGAGUUGUUGUACUGUAGGUUUAUUAGGGUCAUUCCUGGGAUUAUGGGGUUUUCUGUGAGGAAUGAGCAAAUAAGAUGGGUAUCUAUUCGUCGGACAUUGAAAGAAUGUCCUAAUUGAAACAGAAAAUUCUGAGAGGGAUUGACAGGUAAAUGCCAACAAACUGCUCCUUAGACAAGAGGCUUGAACAAGGGACACAAUCUCAAGAUAAGAAGUUGGCUAUUUAAAACAGAUGGUCAAUUCCUUUAGUUAAAGCAUUGUGGAUCUUAGACAAUAUUAUUCCACAAUAGGAUGAGAGUGUUCAGUUAUUGAGAAUAUUCAAGGUGGAAGUAAAAAAGAAAAACUGGGUACUAAGAGGUCAAGAAAUGUUGAUAUUGGCUGGGAAAGUCGAUGAGAGAUAUAGGAUAAGCUAAGCUCAUUAGGCUGGGUUGGCCUCCUGUUUCUGCCUCUUUAAUUGAUUAAUUGCAAUGCUUUACAUAUACAUCAAAGAAAUAUAUGGGUGUUGGCGCUUAAAAUAUCUUAAAGGCACAGACAUCCUUUCUAGCCAGAUUUUAUAUAGAAUAAAGAUUAGCAAAAACAAAAUUGUGUAAGUACUUAGCAGGAAAAAAAGUUAAAGCAUAACAGUAGUUAAAGAUCAAUUUUGCUGGAUACUUGCACAAUUUUAUUUAAAAAUAAUAGCAAGAAACUUAAAGCAGUGGUUUCAUAUUUAAGACAUUAUUAAAUUCAGUUCUGUUUUAUAUGCUAUGACAGGUAGCACCAUGCACUUUAAAGUAUAUGAAUAAAAAUAUUUAUCAGAUGUGCAUCUUGACAUAAAUGUUGAUUACACCUCACUUUCAAUUGUCACUACUAGUGCACGAGUUUUCUCACAUUUGUUAAGAAUCCUAUCAGGAAGAGUUUUGUGAAAUGCUUGAUUUUGUGUUUUAGACUGUAUUUUGUGUACUGACGAGGUCCAUUCUUGGACUGCCAAGCUAAUAUAGGUUGGUAUAUAAUCAAGACUGAAAAACAUGGAAGAGAUUUGAGGCACAGUUUUUUUUCUCUGGGCUUAGAGACCAUUGCAAGGAUAUUACGAUAGGUUAAAUCACUCUGCAGUCAAACAAUUGUAUCAUGAAGUACUUAAGUGUUUCCAUCAUUGU